AUGGGGCUCUCCUCUCGUUCCCAUUUUCUCCUCUCGGUCUUGCUUUUGUGUCUGGUGCAUUCACCCACCUUUGCCUUGAAAAAGCCUUACAUCGUGUACUUAGGUUCUCAUGCACACGGUCCAGAACUGACCGCAACAGAUAUUGAAAGUGUCACCAAUUCUCAUUAUAAUUUACUCGGAUCGUACUUGGGAAGCAACGAGAAGGCUCAGGAGGCAAUUUUCUAUUCAUACACUCAUCACAUCAAUGGUUUCGCUGCAAUUCUCGAAGAGGAUGAAGCGGCAGAAAUUGCCAAGCACGCAAAUGUCUUAUCUGUGUUUCUAAGCAAAGGAAGGAAAUUGCACACAACAAGGUCAUGGGAUUUCUUGGGGCUAGGGAGAAACGGGGUGAUUCUAAAGAGUUCCAUCUUGUGGAAGGCUAGGUUUGGGGAAGACACGAUUAUUGGCAACCUCGACACAGGUGUUUGGCCGGAAUCAAAGAGCUUUAAUGAUGAAGGGAUGGGUCCUAUUCCGGGAAAGUGGCGAGGAAUCUGUCAACGGGGCAUAAAAGAUAAAUUUUCUUGCAACAGGAAGCUGAUCGGAGCGAGGUACUUCAACAAAGGCUAUGCUGCAUAUGCUGGACACCUUAACUACACAUUCUACACGGCACGGGAUAAUGAGGGUCACGGGUCCCACACUCUGUCUACAGCGGGAGGAAGCUUUGUCCCUGGAGCGAGUGUUUUUGGGAAUGGCAAUGGAACUGCUAAGGGAGGAUCUCCUAGGGCCCGUGUUGUGGCAUACAGAGUGUGCUGGCCUCCAAUUGAUCAAAAUGAGUGCUUUGAUGCAGACAUCUUGGCAGGCUUUGAUGCUGCGAUAAGCGAUGGCGUCGAUGUUCUAUCUGUGUCUCUAGGCGGGGAUCCAGCAGAGUUUUUCAUGGACGGAAUUGCUAUUGGAUCCUUCCAUGCAGCUAGGAAUGGGGUUGUGGUUGUUUCUUCUGCUGGCAACUCUGGGCCCCAACCGGGGACCGUGUCUAAUGUUGCUCCAUGGAUGAUCACCGUUGCUGCAAGCACAAUUGACCGGGAAUUCACGACCUACAUUGCUCUUGGAGACAAGCAGCACCUAAAGGGGUUGAGCCUUUCGGCCAAAGGGUUGCCAUCCAAUAAAUUCUAUCCACUAAUCAGUGGUGCAGAUGCGAAGGCUGCAGAUGUCUCGGCCGCAGAAGGUUUGCUCUGCAAAGCUGGAACCCUUGACCCCAAGAAGGUGAAGGGGAAGAUCUUGGCAUGCCUUCGCGGUGAUAACGCAAGAAUCGACAAGGGCCACCAAGCUGCCCUUGCUGGUGCUGUUGGGAUGGUUUUGGCUAAUGAUGAAGAGAAUGGAAAUGAUAUUGUUGCUGAUGCUCAUGUUCUUCCCGCUGCUCACAUUUCUUUCGCAGAUGGGAAGGUUCUCUUCACGUACAUCAACUCCACAAAGUUUCCUAUGGCUUACAUCACUCAUGUGAAGACAACGUUGAACACGACACCUGCUCCUUUUAUGGCUUCCUUCUCAUCCAGGGGACCGAACAUCGUAGAGCCAGCAAUCCUGAAGCCCGAUAUUACUGCACCCGGAGUGAAGAUCAUUGCUGCUUAUACACUGGCAGUUAGUCCAACAGGUCUAGAUUUCGACACGCGUAGAACGCCUUUCUAUGUAUUGUCCGGCACCUCAAUGUCCUGUCCUCAUGUGUCCGGCAUCGUUGGUCUCCUCAAAACCCUCUAUCCCAGUUGGAGUCCUGCCGCGAUACGAUCCGCAAUCAUGACAACCGCAAGAACACGAGACAACAAGGUGGAGCCGAUGCUCGAUUCAUCUUUUGUUAAGGCAACUCCAUUUUCGUAUGGUGCUGGCCACAUCCGGCCAAACCGUGCGAUGGACCCUGGUCUCGUGUAUGACUUGACGGCAAACGACUACUUGGACUUCCUAUGCGCCCGAGGUUACAAUGAAUCCCAACUGAGAUUAUUCACCAAUGAGACCCACACAUGCCCUAAACAUUUUAAUGCGGUGGAUAUGAACUAUCCUUCUAUCACUGUCCCGAAUCUCAACAGCACCGUGGUGGUCACAAGAAGGGUGAGGAAUGUGGGCACUCCUAGCACGUAUUAUGCACGCGUUAAGGCACCAGCUGGAUUGUCAGUCUCCGUCCAACCGCAGAGCCUGGUGUUCGAAAGGUUUGAUGAAGAGAAGGAAUUCAAGGUGGUGUUGAAACCUAAUGUUGCUGGCAAGCCCUUUGAUUAUGUGUUUGGACGGUUGAUCUGGUCUGAUGGGGUGCACUAUGUGAGGAGUCCUCUGGUUGUGAAGCACCAACAGAGGAAUUCAUAUUAUAUUCAAGUUUGUUUUAAGCUGCAGAAGAAACAGAGAGCAAUGAGGCUCUCCUCUCAUUCCCAGUUUCUCCUCUCAGUCUUGCUUUUGUGUCUGGUGCAUUCACCCACCUUUGCCUUGAAAAAGCCUUACAUCGUGUACUUAGGAUCUCAUGCACACGGUCCAGAACCGACUGCAGCAGAUAUUGAUAGUGUUACCAAUUCUCAUUAUGAUUUACUCGGAUCGUACUUGGGAAGCAAUGAGAAGGCUCAGGAGGCAAUUUUCUAUUCAUACACUCAUCACAUCAAUGGUUUCGCUGCGAUUCUCGAAGAGGAUGAAGCUGCAGAAAUUGCCAAGCACCCAAAUGUCUUAUCAGUUUUUCUAAGCAAAGGAAGGAAAUUGCACACAACAAGGUCAUGGGAUUUCUUGAGGCUAGAGAGAAAUGGAGUGAUUCAUAAGAGUUCCAUCUUGAGGAAGGCUAGGUUUGGGGAAGAUACAAUUAUCGGCAACCUCGACACAGGUGUUUGGCCAGAAUCGAAGAGCUUUAACGAUGACGGGAUGGGUCCUAUUCCGGGAAAAUGGCGAGGAAUCUGUCAGCGGGGCAUAAAAGAUGGAUUUUCUUGUAACAGGAAGCUGAUCGGAGCGAGGUACUUCAACAAAGGCUAUGCUGCAUAUGCCGGACACCUUAACUACACAUUCUACACGGCACGGGAUAAUGAGGGUCACGGGUCCCACACUCUGUCUACAGCGGGAGGAAGCUUUGUCCCUGGAGCGAGUGUUUUUGGGAUGGGCAAUGGAACUGCUAAGGGAGGAUCUCCUAGGGCCCGUGUUGUGGCAUACAAAGUGUGCUGGCCUCCGAUCGAUCAAAAUGAGUGCUUUGACGCGGACAUCUUGGCAGGCUUUGAUGCUGCGAUAAGCGAUGGCGUCGAUGUUCUAUCUGUGUCUCUAGGUGGGCAUCCAGCAGAGUUUUUCAUGGACGGAAUUGCCAUUGGUUCCUUCCAUGCAGCUAGGAACGGGGUUGUGGUUGUUUCUUCUGCCGGCAACUCUGGGCCCGAACCAGGGACCGUGUCUAAUGUUGCUCCAUGGAUGCUCACCGUUGCUGCAAGCACGAUUGACCGGGAAUUCACGACCUACGUUGCUCUUGGAGACAAGCAGCACCUAAAGGGGUCGAGCCUUUCGGCCAAUGGGUUGCCAUCCAACAAAUUCUAUCCACUAAUCAGUGGUGCAGAUGCGAAGGCUGCAGAUGUGUCGGCUGCAGAAGCUUUGCUCUGCAAGCCUGGAACCCUCGACCCCAAGAAGGUGAGGGGGAAUAUCUUGGCAUGCCUUCGCGGUGAUACCGAAAGAGUCGACAAGGGCCACCAAGCUGAGCUUGCAGGUGCUGUUGGGAUGGUUUUGGCUAAUGAUGAAGCGAAUGGAAAUGGUAUUGUUGCUGAUGCUCAUGUUCUCCCCGCUGCUCACAUUUCUUUCGCGGAUGGGAAGGUUCUCUUCACGUACAUCAACUCCACAAAGUUUCCUAUGGCUUACAUCACUCAUGUGAAGACAAUGUUGAACACGACACCUGCUCCUUUUAUGGCUUCUUUCUCAUCCAGGGGACCAAACAUCGUAGAGCCUGCAAUCCUGAAGCCCGAUAUUACUGCACCGGGAGUGAACAUCAUUGCUGCUUAUACACUGGCAGUUAGUCCAACAGGUCUAGAUUUCGACAAGCGUAAAACGCCUUUCAAUGCAUUGUCUGGCACCUCAAUGUCCUGUCCUCAUGUGUCCGGCAUCGUUGGUCUCCUCAAAACCCUCUAUCCCAGUUGGAGUCCUGCCGCGAUACGAUCGGCAAUCAUGACAACUGCAAGAACUCGAGACAACAAGGUAGAGCCGGUGCUCGAUUCAUCUUUUGUCAAGGCUACUCCAUUUUCCUAUGGUGCUGGACACAUCCGGCCAAACCGUGCAAUGGACCCUGGUCUCGUGUAUGACUUGACAGAAAACAACUACUUGGACUUCCUAUGCGCCCGUGGUUACAGUGAAUCCCAACUGAGAUUAUUCGCCAAUAGGACAUACACAUGCCCUAAACAUUUUAUUACGGCGGAUAUGAACUACCCUUCUAUCACUGUCCCGGAUCUCAACAGCACCGUGGUGGUCACAAGAAGAGUGAGGAAUGUGGGCACUCCUGGCACUUAUUAUGCACGCGUUAAGGCACCAGCAGGAGUGUCAGUCUCCGUCCAACCGAGAACCCUGGUGUUCAAAAAGUACGAGGAAGAGCAGGAAUUUAAGGUGGUGUUGAAACCUAAUGCUGCUGGCAAGCCCGUUGAUUAUGUUUUUGGACGGUUGAUCUGGUCUGAUGGGGUGCACUAUGUGAGGAGUCCUCUGGUUGUGAAGCAUCCGUGAACAUGACAUGACAACUACAAUGAAGAUUGGGGUUUAGCAAGCUAAAUAGCCUCUGAUGAUAGCUGGCUCUAGCCUUCACUUUUCUCUUUGGGGUAGAGAAAUUUCUCAGAAGCAAUGAUUUUUGUUUCCUUUUCUAUCAAGUGGGAACAAAGUAUUUCGUUUAAUUGGGGGAGAAAAAUGGAAUGUGUUUUAUGUAUUGACAAGUUUUCUGGCAAAUAAAAAGGAAGUAUAGAUCCAGAUCACAGAAA